AUGAGCAAGUUCGGGGUCGUCGUAAUGGGCCCAGCCGGUGCUGGCAAGACAACGUUUUGCACCGCCCUGAUUGAACACCUGCGAGCGAACCGUCGAUCAUGCUUCUACGUCAACCUAGAUCCUGCCGCGUCCGAAUUCACCUUCGAGCCAGACCUUGACAUUAAAGAGCUUAUAUCUCUCGACGAUGUUAUGGAAGAAAUGUCGCUGGGUCCAAACGGCGGCUUGAUAUACUGCUUUGAAUUCUUAUUGGAGAAUCUCGACUUCCUUACUAUACCGCUGGAACAGGUCACGGAAGAGUACCUCAUCAUAAUAGAUAUGCCGGGCCAGAUCGAGCUAUACACCCAUGUGCCAGUCCUACCAAGUCUGGUCAAGCACUUGAUGCGCGGUAGUCUGAAUAUAAACAUGUGCGCGGCAUAUUUGCUCGAGAGUACAUUCGUAGUUGACAAGCCGAAAUUCUUUUCUGGAACGCUGUCCGCUAUGAGCGCCAUGCUCAUGUUAGAGAUGCCCCACGUCAAUAUUCUCAGCAAGAUGGACCUUAUCAAGGGAACAAUCAAGAGAAAAGACCUUAAGCGCUUUCUGGCGCCAGACGUCAACCUACUAGAUGACGGGGAGGCUGCGAAAAAGAGAUCAAAAGCCUCGGAGGUGUCGUUUGACGAUCCUGCAGCCACGACCAAUAUCAUGACAGGAGCUUCCUUUGAUAGACUAAAUCGAGCAGUGGCUCAACUCAUCGAUGAUUUCAGCAUGGUUUCAUUUCUACAACUCAACGUUCAAGACGAAGACAGCGUCGGCGCGAUCCUUAGCUACAUCGAUGACUCAAUACAGUACCACGAAGCCCAGGAGCCAAGAGAGCCUAAAGAGGAUGUAGAGGUCGAGGUCGAGGGAUGA